AUGGGCGAUUACCCAUUGGGAUUCCGAUUCUCCCCCACCGACGAGGAGUGCAUUAGAUAUCUCCUGGGGUUCGUCACAGGGAAUCCCCUGCCCUCCCACAACCACAUAUCCGUCGACGACCUUUACGGCGAAUCGGAGCCGUGGGACCUUUUCGGAUCUUCCGCCGCCGCCGGGUGUCGGUACUUCUUCACGAGGCUGAAGCGGGUCGGCGGCGGGUCGACGGCGGCGGCCCGGCGGUACUCGAGGAACGUCGGGCAGGGAACUUGGUCCAACAAGGGCCAGAAAUCGGAAGUUUUCUGCGGGAAGGGCGGGUUAAUCGGGCACACGAGAAGCUUCCGGUACCAGCCGAGGAAGUCGCCGGCGAGGGGUCCGGCGAGGGGCCGGUGGGCGUUGAAGGAGUACGCGCUGGCGGAGGAUCGGGUGAUGAAGGGCCGUGUGGUGAGGCCGGACUACGUGCUCUGCCUCCUCAAGAAGAAGAAGAAUGGUGGUGAUGUGAACGAUGACGAGGAUGAUGACGUGGAUGAGGGAACUUCGGGCGGAUUUCCGCCCGACCCGCGGGUCGGAGGGGAUUCGGGCAAUCAGAUAGGCGGUCGGGCAGUUGAAGGAGAGAGUAAUGAGGAAUUGGGGGCAGUCGAGCGCUGA